CCAUCUUCAUUUGUCUCCACAGAUUCGCUUCCAGUCUGGGCCAUAGUUCUACUGGUUCUACUGGUUCUGGCUCUGGUUCUGGCUGCUGCUGCAGGAGUUUCUGUUUAUUUCUGGUUCCGCUGGAAACCAGUCCUAGAAAAGGUGGAGGUGGAACCAUGGGAGGAGUCUGUCCUGCUGCCCUUUAAGGUCCCACAUCGCCUGUGGUUCUGUAAAUACAGAAUCCUUCUGUCUGUGGCUAAAGUGGAGUGGAGGAAUGUUAGAGACAACAGGAAGGUCCAUGUGUAUCAGAACGGUUCUGAUCAGCCUGGAGAACAGGACGAGUUCUACAGAACCAGAACCAGGAUGGAUGAAAACCUGCUGAAGACUGGAGACCUCAGUCUGACUCUGUUAUGGCCGAGUGAUGGAGACGGUGGGAUCUACAGCUGCAGAGUCUACAGCAGGAAGGGAGACGUCCUGAUGGAGAAACAAGUCUGGCUAAAGGUCAAAGUCCAUCAGGUGGAGGUGGAAUCAGUGGUGGAGUCUGUCCUGCUGCCCUGGACAAUCACAGAGGAUCUGGAUGGAGACGUUAGAGUGGAGUGGAGGGACAGCAGAGACAAGAAGGUCCAUGUGUAUCAGAACGGUUCUGAUCAGCCUGAAGAACAGGACCAGCGCUACAGAACCAGAACCAAGAUGGAUGAAAACCUGCUGAAGAAUAAAGACCUCAGUCUGACUCUGAGACGACCGACUGAUGGAGAUGGAGGGAUCUUCACCUGCAGAGUCUACAACAGGAAGGGAGACGUCCUGAUGAAGAAACAAGUUCAGCUGGAGGUCAAAGGUCAGUGGUUUAAAUUU